AUGAAUCACACACCUGUACCUUCAACUCCAACAGCUCCAGUCCAAUUAGACUUUAGUCAAAUACCACUAGACGCUCUUGAAUCCAUUCGUAAUAGACUUAAUCAAAUCCAUGUCUCACUACGAAAGCUAUCGGACCAAAUUAAUGCCCACAACAGACAUCCCACCAAAAUCAAGUUACCUACAUUUACACACUUUCAAAACCAAUUUCAAGUUCUUAUAACUCAACUAACUUCAAUUGCCAAUGUGUUGUAUAACAAUGAGGAGCUCCUUUUGAGAACAAACGUUUAUCCUACGAUAAACUUCCCAACAAGUCAACAUGAAGGGUUGUUAACUACUUUAUUACGAAAGAAGGCACUUCCGGAAGUGGAUGAGUGGAUCAACUCGUCAAUAACGACAAUUGAAAAAUUACAAGAAAAGGGGCCGGUGGAUUUCGAGAAAGAAGACGAAUAUGUGGCUUGGAGUCUCAUGAAGAUGCAGGAGUUACGCGAUGAAUUUCAAUUCUAUGGCUUCCAUACCGUGGAAGAGUUGGAAUACAUAGAAACUCCCGAAGGCAAAUCAGAAGCCAAGCUGAAAAAAGUGGAAGAAAACGCCAGAGAAGAAGCUGAAAGCAAGAUCACGCGUGGUGGUAAGAAAGGAUUACAUCCGAAUCAAGUCAUGAGAUACCUAUGUCAAGGACAGACAUGA